CUGAUGACUUUUCAAAAGACAAAACAGUGAAAUUUGUUAAAGACAUUUUUGCUAUGUCCACGAAGUGCCUUGAUCAAUUGGGUCGCUCCGCAGCUUUUCAUCACAUUGUACGUCGUACAGUAACUAUGGCAGAUACAGGCAUGUAUGAUCUUUCCGAUUACAAAGAUUUUGCUACUUUACCAUUAACUGGUGAUGGUGUUUUUGGUAAUGGACUUGAACCUUUAUUAAAGGCACGGAAAGACAAAAAGAAGCAGUUAGAUGAUAUGUUACCUGAGCUGAAAAAGAGAGACAGGAAAAGAAGGCUCUCACCUGUUCGUUCUUCAAAUGACACUAAACGUUUACGUAGGGACAUUCCAGCAACGCAAACAAGCAGUGGCUGGGACAAUAAUUUUCGUAUCCCCAAGAUUCCAUCAGAUAGUCAUACCAAGGGGCAAAAUUUCACUGGACAGUACAAGAAAAAUUCCAAGCCCGAUUUCUUUCCAAAACGUUCAUAUGGAAGGAAAAUGGGAAGAUCAACUCAACAAUGACCAUAAUGCCUGAAGAAGCCACCAUUUGAACCGAUGAAGGACGCAUCUUUGAAGUUUAUUACAUGGAAGGUGUGUUUUUUGAUAGCUAUUUCCUGUUUUCGUCGUUGUAGUGAUCUUCAAGCCUUGUAUUUGGGAGAAGGUAACAUAAACAUUCAGAAGAAAGGAAUAACUUUAUACGUUCAGGUUUAGCAAAACAAGAUAGACCAAGUCAUCAUUCAAGAAAGAUUUUCAUUCCAUCUUUUUCGAGGGAAAAAUUUUUAGACCCUA